AUGAACGACCCAGGCCUCGAUGAGCCCAUAGCCGAUGCCUCUGCCAUUGUCAAAGAAAAUGUCGAAGAUCACCCCCCUGCAUCUCACCACAAUGCCCAAACGUCAUCCCCUCACCAGCACCGUAAUGCGUCUCCAGAAGAGACUUAUGACAAAAUGGAGGAGGAGGAGCAAGAACGAAACUUUCUCAUGCCAGCAAGGUGGUGGUAUGCUUCGACCGGAGUUCCCCUUGUGGCAGGUACUUUCGGACCUAUGGCCAAUGCAUUCAGUAUCUGUGCGCUGGUGGAGAAUUGGAGGGUUGAGAUUCCUCCUGGAGGAACAGAAGAGCAUGGGAUUGACAUCAAAGACCCUGGCUGGCUUAUCGCCGUCAAUGCCGUCUCCCUAGCGUUCGCCCUUGUCGCCAAUAUGUCUCUCCUCCUCAACAUGGCGCGACGUGUUCCCUUCCGCAUCGCCCAGCCCAUCACAAUAGCCGGCUUCUGGAUCGCCUCAGUGCUUCUGAUCAGUCUGAUUGCCGUCGCAUCCUCUGAUUUUGACGUACCCGGCGUCCGGCAUCAGGCCCUCUCCCAGGCAUACUACUACGCCAUCUUUGCUGCGUGUUUGUACCAGAUAAUUUCAUACUUGAUGUGUUUCACGGUGUACGGGGCGUACAAAGGGCAUUUUAGUAAAGAGUUUAAGCUCACUGUGGCGCAAAGGACUUUGAUGUUGCAGACCAUUAUGUUCUUGUUGUAUCAGUUGUUAGGGGCACUGGUGUACUCACACAUCGAGGGAUGGAAGUUUUUGGAUGCGGUAUAUUGGGCGGAAUUCACUUCUCUGACAAUUGGCAUUGGCGAUGAUUAUACACCAAAGACCCAUCUAGGUAGAGGACUGCUAUUUCCUUUUGCUAUGGGCGGCAUUAUCAUCUUAGGCUUGGUCGUCGGUUCCAUUCGUUCACUAAUUCUGGAAAGGGGAAAAAAGAAGAUGGCAGCCCGAUUGACGGAGAAGACCCGAAGACGAUUGCUCAAGGAGAUUGAGAGAAUCAGUAAGAGGAAGAGCCGUUUGAAGCACAAGGGUGCCCUGGGGCUUGGGAAACACACCACGAAAGCACUGACGGUGGAGCCAGGAGAUGGUGAGGUCGCGGAGCUCGAGAGGAGACAGGCUGAGUUUGAGGCAAUGAGGAAAGUUCAAGAUUGGGCUGCCACAGAGCGCAAGUACAUGAGUUUGCUUGUUUCAACGUUUGCUUUUGCUUUCUUGUGGACGAUAGGGGCGUUGGUCUUCGAACGUGCCGAGAGGAACCAGGAUUGGUCGUAUUUCGGAUCACUUUACUUUUCAUAUACAACGUUGUUGACCAUCGGAUAUGGGGAUUUCCAGCCCAUGUCCAACAGCGGUAAGCCCUUUUUUGUCUUCUGGACUCUGCUCGCAGUCCCUACCUUGACCAUUCUCAUCUCCGACAUGGGAGAUACUGUGGUCAAGGCCGUCAAGGAUGUCACCAUCUGGCUGGGAGAGAUCACCGUGCUUCCCAGCAGUGAAGACACCAUAGCAAAUCGACUCAAGCAUGGAGUGUACAAGGUCACUCUUGGCCAACUGGAUCCUCGAUCAUCUGAUUCUCGUGAUAAACACAAAGCGGGUGGAAAAGACAAAGACACCAAAGAUCGCUUGGCGGCCGACUUCGAGGAGGAGGAGAAGCAGGAUGAAUCCGAUGCCAGACACAAGGGCGAUCGGUGGCAAGAAGAUGCUCAUCACCAUCGCCAUGUUCUGUUGUCUCAAAUACGAAGGGUCUACGCAGAUGCUUCUGCGGCAACACCAAAGAAGUACAGUUAUGAGGAAUGGCAAUACUUUCUCAAAUUACUUGGAGAGGAUGAAGCAGAUGCGUCAUACCACCGGCGAGCUCCCAUACAUGGGGAUGAGGACAGGGAAGCCAGAGAGGCUACUAAGAAGAACAACGAGGGCGGCAAUCUCUACAUUGGGAGGCAUGGAGCAGGGUCUGACGGGCCAAAGGAAGGCAGAGACGUCCAAGCCCCCAAAUGGAGCUGGAUAGGAGCACAGAGUCCAUUGAUGGGUGACAAAGAAGAAGCUGAAUGGUUGCUAGAACGGCUCUUCCAGCGGCUGGAGGAAAGUCUUCAUUCCGACAGGCCGCAAGCAGAGCAUGGGAAACAUUAUCCCAGGGAUCUCCAAGAACAGAAACAACGAGAGGAAGAUGGUAUGGGCAGUGGGAGAUGUGUGUCUUAG